CGAGACGGCGAGGGGGGGGGGGAGACACGGCUUAGCCGCCAUUUUGUUCCUUGGAGGAGCGGAGGAGGCACGCGAGGAAAAUUCCUUCGCUAGCUGGUUGGCUGGCUAAUUGUCCAGGGAUUUUGUGAAGGGAAGGUGGCAGGGGUGGGUAAAAACAAACAGACAUACAUUUGAGGCUACUUCUUUCCUACGCUCCCCCUCCCUGGGCCUGGUUUGAGCCACCAUGUCUGGAGAAGCUGCCGCCGGUGACCAGGCCGCUGAAUAUGUCCCAGAAAAAGUAAAGAAAGCUGAAAAGAAACUAGAAGAGAAUCCAUAUGACCUUGACGCUUGGAGCAUUCUCAUUCGAGAGGCACAGAAUCAACCUAUAGACAAAGCACGGAAGACCUAUGAACGUCUUGUUGCCCAGUUCCCAAGUUCUGGCAGAUUCUGGAAACUGUACAUUGAAGCUGAGACAUGUGUGCCUUCCUAGAUCCUAUCCAGUCUAUGGACACGUGUGGAAGCAAAAGUCAGGUUGGGAAUAGUCAAGGUUCUUUAAAUUCUUUCUGUUCUUCUGAGAGCUGGGGAUGAGGUAAACCCCUCUAUAAAGUACACUUGCAGUUUUGUAACAAAGCAUAAUUCAUCUUGCCUUGUGUACAUGGUAGAAUUUUCCCCCCUUUACAGUUCUUAUUCUGCAUGGUAUGAGAUAAUUUUCUUGACUAUUUAAUGCUGGCUUAUAUUUGAAUUCAGCUCAUGGAAAUUUUUAACAACUGUGCUUAUGAGUUAAAAAAGUGCUAAAAUGUCUGACUAUCUAUGUGUGUCUAUAUGUAAUAGAAUAAUGUAGCAGGUAGGUCUGACAAAGAGUUUGCACAAAAUUGUUAAUUUGCCCUGUGCUAGAGAUUAAUGGGAGAUUUGAGAAGAAUUAAGCAAACCUUGUCAUUUUUAGUUUUAUGUAAAUAUAAAUAAGCAUUAAAAUGGCUUCUUAAGAACAUCAGAAGUAUUGUAUGCCACAUAAAUAUAAAAAGCAAGAAAUGUACAGCAUUUCUAAUACUACUCAUUCCUUUCUUACAUUUACUACAGGUUUCUGGUCAUCUUACACUUGUAUUGUUCAUAGUUUCCUGGUUAAAGUUGUAAAAUACAUUACUUGGUAAUAUGCUCUGACAGUUUUUAGUACAGGUUUCAAAUAACAGGUGUUACAAUACAGUAUGAGAAAGGUUGGAUCUAAAAAUAGAGAGGUUGAUCUUUUCUUGCACACGAGGGCUUUCCACAUUCUCACUUCAGUUCUUUGUCCCAACUAGGCCUUUUCUGGAGGGUAUAGAUGGGAAAAUCAGGGAAGUUCACAUGGUUUAUGGGGAAGUACCUUUGUGCACAAGACAUCUUUUGUGCAGAUACAAGUUCCCUGUCCGGCUUUUUAAUUUUCAUUUAAUGUAGAUUUUUUUUGUUAAAAUCAUGAUGUACAUUGAUUUGAUUUUUUUAAAAUCAUUGAUUUUUCUCCUCCCUGCCCAUGAAAAAGGUGGGAUUUCUCCAGACAAAUCUCACAUUCCCCCUCUAGAAGCUCACCCAGAUUUAAUUGACUAAU